UCUAACUUAACCUAAUAAUAUAACCUAAUAUAAGAGCAACGUUGAAGUAAAGAGAAUAAGUGGUUAGAUUGAAUAUUUUAAAAAAAUCUGAAAAGAAUGGCCUCAAACGAAUCUACAGAAGUAGAAAAAAAUCCUUACGCGUAUCUUGAAAGAGCUGAUUUUACGUCAGAAAAAUAUAAAAUCGAAGUGCACGGAUUACCAAAAUAUUAUGGAAUUGGCGAGUUUAAAAAACUCUUAAAUGAAAAGCUAGACUUGCAAUCAUGCAAAAUAAAGCCACCAAAACGAAGCAGCGGAUGGCUUUAUGUAUCUUUUAGAAACGAAGAAAGUCGUCAGAAAGCAAUAGAAACAUUAAAUGGAAUUUUAUGGAAAAAUUACAAGCUUAGUGCUCAGAUCGCGAAACCUGCACCAGAUCCAUUUAUAAAAAAAAAAUUAGAAGAGGAAAAUGCAAGAAAACGUUUGAAGGUAGAAGAGGAUGAUCAAAGUAUAUCCAUAGAAGAUAAAGUUAAAUUAACUACCAUUCCUCUUUGGAAUAUGCCUUAUCCAAGUCAAUUGGAACUAAAACAAAAGGAAAUGAGUUCAAUUUUGACAACUAUAUGUAAACAAAUGUUGAAAGAAAGUAAAGGUGAUCUUUUGGAUUGGUUGAAUUGUCAAAAAAAUAAAUAUCAAGGUUUACCUUGUGAAUUGCUUCCUAUUUUAAGUAUAGAUACAAUUAAGGAAUAUAGAAAUAAAUGUGAAUUUACAGUUGGUAAAAGUGACAAAGAAGACAAAAUUGUAAUAGGAUUCAGAUUAUCUACUUAUGCAUCUGGUUCCACAGCAGUGGGACCUAUCGACAAUCUUUGUCAUAUUCCUAAUAAAAUGAAAAUUGUAGUUAAAGUACUUGAAGAAUUCAUGAAAAGCACUGAAUUAACACCUUUUGAUCCAGUUGAUUAUAGUGGCUACUGGAGACAAGUUACAGUUAGAACUACUCUUUCCGAUCAUCUUAUGGUAAUAGUGGGGAUACAUCCUCAAGAUUUGACUUCUGAAAAAUUGGAUGAAUUGAAAUUACAACUUAAAACUUUCUUUGAAAUUGGAAAAGGUGUACAAGCACGAGUAACAUCGUUAUAUCUUCAAAUAAUGAAAAUAAAAAGUAUCGACGGAAAAGAUGAGGAAAAUUUUCAUCAUAUCAGCGGAACAAAAUACAUAGAAGAAAAAUUAUUAGAUAUGAAAUUUCGAAUAUCUCCUCAAGCAUUCUUUCAAGUAAAUACAUUGGGUGCUCAAGUAUUGUACAAAGCAGCGAUUGAUUUGGCAAAACCAAACGUGGACACUGCGUUACUCGAUAUUUGUUGCGGCACUGGGACCAUUGGUCUUGCAUUUUCAAAGUAUUGCGGUGAAGUAUUUGGACUAGAAAUGAUAGAGGAUGCCAUCAAAGACGCAAAAGAAAAUGUUAUUGCGAACAAGAUAUCGAAUUGCGAAUUCUUCGUAGGCAAAGCAGAAGAUAUUUUAUCUCCCGUUAUUCGAAGGACGACUAAACCGGACAUUAUCGCUAUUGUGGAUCCUCCACGAGCUGGACUUCGUAAGAUCAAUACAAUUUUCCUUAAGUUAGCUCAUUUUGUUUUAAAAACACAAAUUAUUAUAUUUAUUCCAGAUCAAAGAGCGUUACUAACUAUACGCAAAGCGAAAAAAUUAUCGAGAUUAAUAUAUAUAUCUUGCGAUCCUCGGGCAGCUAUGAGAAAUUUAAUAGAUUUAGCUAGGCCUAUCUCGAAACAAUACGUCGGAGAACCAAUGGUUCCUGUGAAAGCUGUUGCCGUAGACAUGUUUCCAUAUACCAAACAUUGUGAAUUAGUCUUAUGCUUAGAGAGGUUAUCCGUAGCCACGAAAGCACGCGAUUCCACUUAAUAAUAGUUGUAUACGUACAAUUUAGCCUUGUAACGUAUAUUUUUCAAUAAAUUAUUUGAAUAAAAGUGUCGCA